AACAAAAUGGCAGCCCCCAUGAUGCUAAAAGUUGCCUACAGUACUGCAAAGCAUCAGAAAACACUAUUGACUAAAACAGUGCCAGUGCUAUGGACAAGUGCACACGAAAAAUCAUUGAAAAGCAGCAGAACCAAACUUCCAAAGGCAGGGGUUAAUAAAGUUAAAUGGGUGAAGAUAGAUAAAACCCAAGAAAUACUUCACAAGAAGAAACAGAAAGAAAAGAAAUAUUUAGGUGAUGUUCCUCAGGAAGAUGUUUGGUUACAUGCCCACUAUCCCCUACAACGUUAUAGUCUUCAGACAUGUAUAACUAGACAUCGUGAACUAGCACAGCCAGCCAUGCUCAAUAAUCUAGAUGGUCUUGUAUAUUUUGAAGCUUCUCUAGAUUUGCACUCAACUAAAAAGGAACAAAGAUCAAAGAAAUUUAACAGUAUACAAGUUUUAGUACCUAAUGAGUUUAAAACUAGUGAAAAGAAAAGAAUAGCAGUUAUAUCGUUGGAAAAAAAAGAUCAGGAAAUAGCAGAAGAAAUGGGAGCUGAAAUAUUUGGAGGUUUAGAUAUAGGGAGAAUGAUAGAAACUGGUGGUAUCUCUGUUGAUGAUUUUGAUGUAUUGUUAUCAACACCUGAAGCUGCUAAACAGAUUAUUAAAUUACGUCCUAUAUUACUACAAAAAUUCCCAAAUAAAAGGGACAAUACCCUAGAUGCUAAUAUCCAAUCAUUGAUAACAUUUCACUUACAAAGUGUAGAGGGUAAAUUAAUUAUGGAUGAAGAAUUCGCUGGUAGAAUACAAGUGCCACUUGGACCACUGGAAAUGGAAACUGAUAAAUUGAUUGCAAAUUACAAUUCAUUUAUGCCACAAAUCCUCAAGAAAAAGGCCAAGAAAGUUGCAAAGUUUGUAACAGAAAUGGUGGUAGUGGCUCCGCCUUCAGAUGAAAAAUUUUACGUUGAUAUGGACAACGAUGAUUUAUUAAAGCCCGUUGUGAAAGAGGCAAAAACUUAAAAUAUUUUCCUUCAUUUAUACCAUGUUGAAAUCUGUGGGUGCUUAUUCUAAAUAUUCAGUGUAGUAAAUAGUUUAUUUAUAUUGACAUUCAACCUGAAUAUAUACAUCCAGUGGAAAUCCCCCUUUGCUGUUUCCAAAAUGAACAUGUUCAUAUAUUUGUACAAUGUAUCCAGUGGAUGUUAAGUGAAUGCAGAAAUCAGGUUACUUUUUCAUAAAAAAAAUGUGACAAAUGAAGACUGUUGUAGCUACAACUCGAGAUUCUCUAAUGGACUUACAUUAAAAGUUGAUUUCUGUAUAAAAGUUUGUUGAAGUAUGUGUAUGAAGAAUAAAAUAUUUAAUUUUC